AUGUCGGCGCCAAAAAAUCGCAGGGAAGGUGUUAGGCGCCUGCGGCUUCACCACGAGGAGCGAAUGGGUCCGGAAUACCCAAGUGCCAGCGGGUUCAGGAGGAUGUAUGGGAGGCGUGCAUCGCAGCUGCUGAAGGAGAUUGACUCCUCCGAGGCUGGCCAGCUUGCGCCAUUCAACACUGACGUGUUUGAUCAGGUGAUUAGAGAGUGCAGUGAGCACAAUUCACAAUUUCAAUCACUGAUCAGGAAAAUGGUGGAGCAAAACUUAGAUAUUGAGACAACUAGAAAUGAGGAUCACUAUGGUGCAGCUAUCCACCAUCUUUCCCUGCUCCGUAACAAAAGAUGCCUUAUGGCUUACAUGUACAACCGAGCAGAAGUUAUUCAGAGUUUUAGAUGGAAAGUUGGCCCUGUGCUUCCUCAUGACAUACAAGAAAAGCUCCAUUUCUCAGAGAAAGAGUACUUCAAGAACCACUCUGCAGCCAUUAAAUCAUACAUAUCGGAGAUGGAUAUAGAUUUGACAGUGGACAUGGUUCCUCCCAAGGAUCCUUACAUUCAGGUUCGGGUGCUGGAGGACAUCGGCGAAGUAUCUCUUGGUGACCAUUCUGUAUCAUUGACCAAGAACUCACUCCAUUUCCUAAGGCGCACAGAUGCUGAACAAUUUAUAUCACAGAUCAGUAAAGACAUGAUGGUUGCUGAAAUGCUGAAUAUUGUUCAUUCUGUGCAUAUGGUUAGUUCAGCUGUCACAGCUAAAUGCAUAGAUAUUCAGUUUAGGGUGUUGAUAGCUACCAACUUUGAAGCAUUUGUUCUGUACUCGGACCUGCUUCUUAAACUAUGCAUCUGUGAACUGAUUAUCUUGCAGGAUGUGUGCUGCCUUUUCUCUUCAGUGCUGCUGCCUGAUGGAAUAUCACCCUUGUGA